AUGCGCUAUUCAAAAGCAUUAGCUAAAGAGAAUUCAAUUAUAAAAAAGCAAGUUAAACAAUUAGAAAAAAAGAACUCUAAUACACUUCAUCAAAUUCAAUCACUUAGUGGCAAACUUAGGCAUAACAAAGAAAUUUCAGAAUUAAAGGCAAAUGAAUUCUUGCAUUGCAAUAAUUCAAAAUUUUAUACUCUUAGUAUUUUAGCUGAUGAAUCAACAAGAGGUUCUGCAAAAGUCUUUUUAAUUUGUUUUAUGUAUUGGAAUGAAAUAAAGAAUUUGCCAGAUAUGUUAUUGGUUAAAAUGAAGGAUUUGAUUACCUGUGAUGCAAAAACAAUUGCUCAAAUAAUUAUAGAUACUUGUAACAAAUAUUCCAUUGAUACAAGAAUAUAUCAAACAUUUCUUUCAGAUAAUACAAAUUAUAUGACAAGAAAAAAUAAUGAUAUUGCAUUUGGAAAAUUGACAAUUACUAUAGGAUUCAGUAAACAAUCUCAUCUAUUUAAUUUACUCUAUCUGGCAUGGGAACUUCAUAAUGAAUAUGAUAAGACUAAUAAAGAUAAGCCAUUAGGAAUGAAAGCUGAAAUAAUCUAUGAUAUUUACAAAACACUUCUUAAUUUUGAUAUGAAUCAAUAUCAAAAACUAAUGCAAUCAUAUUGGUUAUAUGAAUUAAAAACAGCUAUACAGUUUCUUGAAUAUAUUCAAAUCAAAUGUCUUGUAAAGUUUGAAAAGGAAUUCUACAAACCAAUGUCACCUCCAGGUCAUAGAGCUCACCAGAUGCCAGAAACAGUUUUAAGAUGGAUUAAAGAUCUUAAAUUUAUUGCUGAAAACAUACACGAUUUUUUUAUUGAAGAGUUAAUGGAGGUAACAAAAGUAUUAACAGAGCAACAAAUUGAAAAACUAAUUGGAGAUUUAGAACUUGCAGCAGAAAAAUCAUUGGAAGUUUUUCAAAAAUGGAUGAACUGUUGGCUUCACCUUCCUUUAAGUAUUUGUCGUCUUGGUGGAUCCUAUGGUCAUGAAUUUGCUAAAGCAUAUGCAAAUGUUGUUCUUGAUUUAUAUGGGUCUAAU